ACCUUUCACCAAACGGGGUGUCAAAAUAUUUUUGACCCGGUUUCCGUCGUUGACUUUCCGUCGGCGAAACGUAACGACGAAGCAAGCAGAACCUCACAAGUCCUCUAAACUUAGCCCUUCUCCCUCCCCCGUUAUUUAACCAAAACCCGCUAAAAAAUUUCCACAAAUUCCCCCGAUAAGUUAUCUGAGAGAUCCGAGACCGAAAAUCCAGAUCCACCGACACCAGAACGUAAAAUGUCGACUCCGACACCCCCGCCGAUCCUCCCGGUCUCUACAACCGCAACAGCCGUCGGCGGCGGCACGGCCCAGUCCCAGGCUCCCAUCGCUACCCCCGCCUUCCGCGCCUUCAUCAACCACAUCUCCGACACCUGCCGCAACGGCCUCGCCCAGCGCCGCCCCUGGUCCGAGCUCCUCGACCGAUCCGCCUUCGCCAAGCCGGAAUCCUUCUCCGACGCUACCGUCCGCGUCCGCAAGAACUACUCCUACUUCCGCGUCAACUACCUCGCUGUUCUCGCCCUCACCGUUGCUGUUUCUCUCUUCACCCACCCGUUUUCCCUCCUCGUCCUCCUCGGCCUCCUCGCCGCCUGGCUCUUCCUCUACCUCUUCCGCCCCUCCGAUCAGCCGCUCGUCAUCUUUGGCCGCACGUUCUCUGACACCCAGACCCUCUUGGGCCUCACCGCCCUCUCCGUCUUCGUCGUCUUCCUCACAUCCGUUGGAUCCGUCCUCAUCUCCGCUCUCCUCGUGGGUGCCGCAGUCGUCUUCGCUCACGGCGCCUUUAGGGUUCCCGAGGACCUCUUCCUUGACGAGCAAGAGCCUUCCGCCUCCACCGGCUUCCUCUCCUUCCUCAACGGCGCUGCUUCCAAUGUCGCUGCCGCCACAUCGCCCGCCGUUGUCGCCGCUCGCGGUUGAUCUGAUGUAUCUCCCCACUGUGAUUGGAUCGCGAUCAAGAUCAUGAUGGUAUAAUUAGUUGAAUUGACAUAAAACCUUGCUCUCAAACCACAAAAAAUUAAUAAAUUUGAAGUUUUUGUUAUAUAAAUAUAUGUAGGGUGGAUUUUAUUGACCAAUUUGUAUGGAUCUGUGUACUUUAGUUCUGAUUAGAUAGCGAAUUCAUGUUUAUUCAUGGUUCUUGGUAGAUCUAUCAAUCGAACUUUUGUCCCUUCCAUUUGGUAGAUCUAUGAUAUAAAUGAUUCUUUUUGCUCUACUA